AUGGUAUCUGAAGUUACUCCUUCCCAUCAUCCCAUUCAUGGCGUGCACAUGGCCGACGCGACCAUCAGACAGGUGGUUUCUGCGUUUCCUGGUGCAAAACUGGAUGAUAUUGUUCCUCUAGAGAGAGGCAAAUCUUACAACAACCGAAUCUACUUUCUUACAGUCUCCAAGACAGCCCCAUGCUCCCUUUUUACAGACGGAGCCGAAACCUGUGACCUAGUUCUCAAAGUCAAUGGGCGCUUCUUUGGCGCAGACAAGAUUCAGAAUGAAGUGGGCUUUUUGCGAGUACUACAACACUUUUGCCCAACUAUCCCAACGCCACGCGCUUUGGCCUGGUCUGAGAAUGGCGGUGAUAUGGUGAUAUCCGUACCUGUCGGUAGUGAAGUGCGCGAAACGACACUCAGCCUUGACAAGUCGGACGCUGAUCACCAGCAUGGAGGCUGGAUACUAAUGUCAAGAGUCGCUGGCACGCCGAUAGCACAUGCCAACAUGAGCGAUGAGGAUACGAAACGGAUUAUGAUGGAGUUGGCAGACACUGUGGCGAUGUGGCGAACAUCAAUUCCAUCUCAAAAAUACGUUGGAAGUCUCCAAUUUCAGAAGCAAGGGGAGAUUGACGCAAAACCUGACAUCAUUAUUGGCGAGCCUGGAACACCAUCGCAUCUUGCCCUUGCUGUUCGCGGUAUCCUCAUUGAUGGUAUCAAAAUCUCCCAUCCUAUUCGUGAACCAGAAGAAUAUCAUCAAAUAAAGAUUCGAGAAAAGAUGAAGGAGCUCCAAACAUCAGACACAUACACAAAUAACAGAUCUCUGGUACCAAUUCUUGAACAGUUCAUGGCGGAGACACUGCCGCAUCUACACAUCGUUGGCAACACUAGAGAAGACAAAGACUCCAGCACAGGUCGUUAUGUUUAUACGCACUACGAUAUUUCCCCCCGAAAUGUUCUUGUUGCCGGUUCUCCUCCGCACAUCAGCGGAAUAGUCGACUUUGAAUUUUCCGGGUUCUAUUCCGUUCUGGAAGAGUUUAUCAACGACUACGGCAACAAUGUCGAUGACUGGAAGCAGGAACACUAUACAGCUUACCUGGAGAGACUGGAAGCAAAGGGUAUUAGCACUCCGCAUAAAAGUAUAGACACCGUCACUUGGAAAAAAGCGCACUGCAUGGACCGUAUGCUCGACAACAUUGCGCCGUGGUGGCUACCCGGGGAUAAGACGGGCGACGCUUUAGACGAAGCAUUACGUCAGGCCGAGGCUACUGUGAGGGAAAAUAUUGCUGCUCUAGAGGAGUUGAUACAAUAGUCAGAGAAUAGAGUACAUAAUAAAUCCUGUUACACAUUCUGUGUUUGAUUCCUCGGUGGCAAUGCUUAUAGCCGUAUUCUCUCACCCUGUUAUACGGUACCCCACUGAGCUGAAUCACUCGCUCUACCUGUACAGACCGCUACGCCCAACAACUCCAUCUCAC